UGGCUGCAACUGGCGGAUUUUCAGUUGAGGAGUAUUUAAUCUGGGAAGAGCGGGCGACAGUCGAAAAGAUACUUGACCUGCUAAAAGGACUCUUCUGUGGAUAACGAUAUAACAGUAAGAAAUCUGCAAAGUGCAUAUGUCUCAUUCUAACGGAAUCAUGAAGUUUGCCGCGCGCGAAUCUCCAAGAGCCUCUGCCGUGAAGGCCAAAGCUUCCCCAGUGAAAGAGCCCAUCCCCAUGACACCUCAGUGUUCCCCCGUAAAGGUGACCACAGUGUUGUUCUCUCCCAAGAACAACACCAGUGCAAUCCACGACAAGGAAAACAGCACUGGCAUAGUGCAUGACAGGACUCUGGAGUUUGAGGACAGUGGUUAUCUGUCUCUGCAAAACAGUCGGAUUGAAUAUCACCAUGAGAACGAAGAGGAUGACCACAUCCUGGGAAAGCCCACAGUAGUGUCGUCUACUGCUAUAAAUCAAGGAAUACCACAUAAUUCUCCUUCCAAAUGUCAAGUAAGGAGCACCCCUAUUCAACUGGAGGCAGUCUGCACUCCUGUGGUUCGUCCCCAGAGGAGAACUGCAGUAUACUCGUCGUCCACCCCAUCCGGCCAUCACAGCGACAGGCACCUGCCUGUACUGAACUUCCAGCGGGUUGUGUGUGAAGAACUUGCUAAGAGCUAUGAGAAGAAUAAGAGGUACGACUGGAGCAUUGUCACAAAAGUUGCAGAGAAUUUUCUUUUGGAUCGGGUGAUUGGACGUCAGAUGGGCUUGGAGUACAUCGAUAUCUUUCAGUCUCUGCUGGCCAGAAACAUGAGAUGUAUCCUGACAAAGAUCCUGGCCUUUCUGGAAGACUUGGACCUCAUUAGUUGUAAGACAGUGAGCAGGACUUGGAUGAAAAUCAUCUGCGAAGAUACAGCAGCUCUAAGGCGGUGUCAGCGAGCUGAGCAGGAACUCGGGGAAUCAAGAAACUCUCUGAGACAGAGGGGUAUUGGUUUGACAAGAGAUGUGGCCGUCUCCAGGAUGGUGCUGUCCUGCAUGCAGACCAUGGCUUCCUCAAAGACUCCAUCUUCAUCAUCCUCCUCGUCCACCCCCAGCUGCAUGACCACCAGACGGGCUGCUGCCUCUCAGAGGGGCAGCACACCCACCUCCCGAUGCUCACGCUUCAACGAGUACAUCCAGGCUGCCAGCACUCUGAAGCAACACGAGUCUCUUCGUGCCUGCAAACGCUGCGGCUCACCAGCGACACAUCUGAAUGAGGUUCAGAAAGCUACGUGCACUCGCCUUAGUUGUCUCUUCACCUUCUGCACUCGCUGUCAGGAGUCUUUCCACGGCUCGACCCCCUGCAGAACCGUGACUCCCCGAGCCAACUUCUCUAAGACAUCACCGCUCCUACCGGGGAGCGCUCGCAGCAAGAGGAACGUCAGGCGACUGUGACGGAAGCUUUGUGGAAUUUUAUUCAGAUUUAUUUUAUUUUUUAAAACGCAGCUAACCUCUGAGCCGUUAGUGUUUCCACUAGCACUGUCCAAACUUCGGACAAGAGUGGAAGUUUUUAUAUAAGCUCGACCUGAAAAUGUCUUCACUGCAUGUAUUUUUCCUAAAACCUGUAUACGGAAGUCAACCCUGAGUGAAACACUCAAAGAACGACUGACACAACCGAACACAAAAUAUAACCUGAUUGUGAGAAGUCGAUGCCAAAAACAAA